AUGGCACGCUACUCCCGGCGCCUGGUGCAGCUGCUCCCUCCGCUCCUGUGGUUGGAGCCUGCGGGCCAAGGGGAGCCGAGGCAGGAUGGAGCGGCCCAGGCUGGGGCCACAGAGCAGGAGCCGGAGUCUGGGGGUUGGCAGGACAAGAAGUUCAAGCUGCGCGUGGACGUGGCCGGCUUCUCGCCGGAGGAGCUGACAGUGAGGCAGGAGGGCAGGAAGUUGACGGUGACAGGGAGGCGUGAGAAGCAGAGCGCUGGAGAGGAUGGAGGCAGCUUCCAGGAAUACCGGGAGCUGCACAGGGAAAUGCUGCUGCCCAUGGGCCUGGAUGUGGAGGCUGUGACGUGCUCCCUGUGCUCGGAUGGACAGCUCCGUAUUGAGGCACCGCGCCUGGCCCUGCAGCCCGCAGAGGGGAAAGCCAUUCCCAUCAGCAUCCAGGCAGGAGAGGGAGCCAGAGAAGGAGACACUGCUGCCAAGGAGGAGAAGGACCUGGGAAGGGAGGUGGGGAGCAGCAGCCAGGAGUCCUGACCCAGCCAGAGGGAGUGACAAUGAGCCCGCUGCUCGGGCCCAGAGAUUGUAUCCCUGCCCCAGGCCUGUGAUCCCAGCCGAGUACAUCAUGCCUAGGAGUCCCUCCUGGAGCAGUGACUAGUUGAGUCUUGGCCAUGUUGGACUCUGGACAUAACUCUUAUACCUGUGCCCAACCUGGAGAGGAACGGGGCUUUAGGUUUCAGUAUUUCUUGUUUCUUGACAUUUAUCUUGGCUAGGUGACGGUGAUUUUUCCUAAAUGUCUUGUUUGUGUCAUUGGUGGAAAUCAACCCGUGUUUCCCACAUUGUAGUUGGCAGUGGAUUAACUGGAUACUGUGUUUUUUUUAUUUCCAAAGAAACACGGAACAUCUGUGACUGUGGUCACUUUUGUUACUGGUCCCCUGAGGACUGAGCAUCGCCCACACUAUCUAGGGACCUCGGGACCUGUAUUUUGUCACUGUCUACAUUUGCAUACACUUUCAAAGUAAAAUUCUCUAGCCUGGGAGCAAUCCCUUCCAGCAACAGGGCCCAGGCCUGUAAGUCUGAGUCACAUGAGUGGUCCACUGGAUUGCAGUGGAGCCGCUCACUUGAUAAGGAUUGAUCAGUUUAGGACAGGGGUGGCCAACCUGCAACAUGGGUGCCUCAAGUGGCACAAGCAUGUGCUGUGUGUCUUUAAGCAGAUGGAGCAAGGGACAGUCAGCACAGUGCAGAUAAAGCAGAAAGCAGAGCAGCAGAUCAGGUACGGAGCAUGGGAAAAGAAGCAGAAAGAGCAGCAAAUUAGGCAGCGCAAGGGGAUAGGACUGACACUUGGGGAGGGCCAUGGGGCUUUAUCUGUGGCAGCUGUGCUAAAUAUGUUGGCCCCCAAAUGCUUAGGCAGUGACGCAGAGGCUCUUCUGAGGGCCCAUUUACUCCUGAGUCAGACAUUGCUUCAGGAAACACUCAUAGGACACCCAACAUCCAAUUGGCGUAUGCAGGCUCACUUGAAGGAACAUGGGCUCAUGCACGUACCAAUGUGCCUGCACACAUCAUUGGCAUGUUCACUCACAUAGCUGCCCUGGCUCUCGUAGUUGCAUCAGCUGACAACAGCAGGGCAUUUGAGAUGAAUGCUGCAAGGAACAUGCACAUAAGACCCAUGCUCAAGACUCUGUGUCUCCAGGCACAUCCAGGGCCGGCUUGGAGUUUUUGCUUCUUAGGGUCUGGUGCUGACGUUCUUGCUCACAAAGACCCCAUGGUCCAGCCAGGUCAGCAGCUGGCAUCAACCGUUGCCUCUCACAUCUAUGCCAGGCAGACUGCUGAGCUGGUCCCUAGAUGCUUGGCAGACAGCAGCCUUCUUGGCUUACAUCCCUGCACUAAGCAGCGACUUUGUGUAACACUCCCGUUUGCGUCUUCUCUCUGAUGAGAAAUCUUUCUCAGCAGUGCAGUCGCUACUGUAACUGCCAGGCUCAGCUUCCAAAUAGGUCUUUGGCCCAUAGGGAAAAAAAUAGUACAGGGCUAUGAACUCAGGUUUGGAUCUUGCUGUCUAUCUCGCUAGCUCUGUUUACAAGUAGCAGGAGGCCAAGGCCAGGAUCUGCUGCCAUUGGCUCAGUCAGCAGGACACUGUUCCAAUAAAUGGUGACUGCACAGCUGUUCAGA